AGGAAGAAGAAGAAGGAUGGAUUCAUCAAUGGAGAUCCAUGUAACGGAUAUCCAUGGCGAAACCCUAAACAUGAUAUUCGUAUGGUCAGUUGCUUUAGCAUCCAUCUUAUUCUGCAACAAAAUCAGCACCCUUAUUGCACCAGGUACAGCACGAUUAUGCGUAUUCCUCCCUGUUUUCGGCAUCUUCUUCUACCUCCCUCUUCUCCUUACCUCUGUUCAUUUCGCUGGUACAACCUCCUUCUUCAUCUCCUGGCUUGCAAACUUCAAAUUGCUUCUAUUUGCCUUCGAUAAAGGUCCCUUGUUCUCCAAUCCACCUCUCCCUUGGUACCAGUUCAUCCUCUCCGCUUGUGUACCAAUCAAAAUCUCCGAAAAUGCGAACAAAUCUGAAGAUUCUCGACCUAAUGGACGCCGAUCUGAAGCUGGAUCUCCGAAAAAAGCAAUUAAAUCACCCGUCAAUUACUCCGUCAAGUUUAUGGUGUUUGUUUUGUUGCUUAAUCUCUAUAAUUACGCCGAUAACUUUAAUCCUCUGAUCAAAAUGGCUCUAUUUUGUGUUCAUAUCUAUGUGGUUCUAGAUGUAGGCUUAGCCGUAGUUGCCUAUCUGGCUCGAGCCAUCGUUGGCUUCGAGCUCGAGCCCCAGUUCGAUGAGCCGUAUCUAGCUACAUCUCUACAAGACUUUUGGGGAAAGAGAUGGAAUCUGAUGGUCACGGGUGUACUACACCCUACGGUAUACCUUCCCGUCCGAUCACUUUCCGGCAGGUACUUAUCGAAAAAAGUGGCCCCACUUCCGGCGGUAAUGGCGUCGUUUAUCGUCUCCGGUUUGAUGCACGAAUUAAUAUUUUAUUACCUUGGUCGAUUGAAACCCACGUGGGAAGUCACGUGGUUCUUCGUCCUCCACGGCGCGUUGGUGGGGUUGGAGGUGUUGGUCAAACGGGAGGUGAACGGAAGAUUCCGGCUGCCGGCGGUGGUUUCCGGUCCGUUGGCGUUGGGUUUGGUGGUGGCGACGAGUUUUUGGUUAUUCUUUCCGCCGUUCUUGCGGUGUGAAACGGAGCUCCGAUCGUGUAAAGAGUUUGUGGCGUUUAUGGACCUUUUUGUUCAUGGUCGGUUUGUUGGUGCAAAUGACGUUUCUUGCCCUUACUUCUGAAGAAGGAAUGGAGGGUAUAAAAGACAUUUUAGGUGUACUUUAUAAUGUGCUACUAUUUUAGUUUAUUAUUUAA